AUGUGGAACCCAACCCAACAGGUCCUGGGGAUCCCAGGACCCCGGAAGAUCCUCAAGGCGCUAGGCACCUUGUGGAUGUCGUCGGCCGCAGAUGAGAAGCCAGUCGCAGGAGCUUCGACAUCUUGCCCCCUGUCGGAAGUUAGCUGUCAGGCUAAGUAUCAUGGUCAAGAUACUUGCUGCUUCAAUUAUCCGGGUGGCCAAAUGCUGCAGACGCAAUUUUGGGACGUCGACCCCGCGCUUGGACCCGAUGACUCCUGGACCAUUCAUGGUCUAUGGCCCGAUCAUUGCAAUGGCGGUUUUGAUCAGUUCUGUGAUUCCAAACGCAAGUAUAGUAAUAUCUCGCUGAUCCUAAUCGACUCUGGCCGCGGAGACUUGCUCGAAUAUAUGAGCGAAUUCUGGAAAGAUUUCCGCGGCGAUGAUGCUCAUUUGUGGGAACACGAGUGGGAGAAGCAUGGAACCUGCGUCAGCACCCUGGAGACGCAUUGCUACGAGGACUAUAUCCCACAGCAGGAGGUAGUCGACUAUUUCAGUAAAUCAGUCGAGGUCUUUAAGCAGGUUCCUUCCUACGAGUUCCUGCAAGCGGCUGGGAUCCUUCCAUCGCAUACCCAAACCUACGAACUUGCGGAUAUCGAAGACGCGUUAGAGCGAGGUCACGGUGCUCCCGUCACGGUCCAUUGUCGCUAUGGGUCCCUGAGUGAAAUCUGGUACCAUUUUAAUAUUGCCGGAAGCCUGCAAUCUGGAAAGUUUGUUUCCGCAUCUCCAGAUGGGCAAUCUUCAAACUGUCCCAGGAACGGCAUUCAUUACCCGCCUAAACGAUCUCAGCCUGAGCCAACAAGGACUACUACCCAUGGCGUGGAGCCUACAGUCACGGGGAUUCCGUUCUCGGGCGGAGGAAACCUGAUGGUGUCUACACUCAAUCAAAAACGUGGUUGUAUCAUCAGCUACGGAACAUGGUAUGCGUCUGGAUCUUGCGCUAGUUUCCGGGCGCAGAAAGUGUCAGACGAUACCUUCACUUUGGAGUCUAGGAAGGGUUUUUGCGCAAUCAAAGGGGAUGCCUUGAGCUGUGGCAUUCAUGUCAAUACUCCAAGCAAAUUCACGGUCAAAGAUGAUAGGCUUUCUUACCUUGGCAAUACGACUUUCUAUGCUGACAAGGCUCCCAAGGGACAGGUUCAGAGCACCAUCUUUGCCUCUCAGGAAGAUCACCCGAUCGAAUUAGAGAUUACCUGGAAGUCACAAGGCGCAUAUUGA